ACACCAUCACAAUUUGAGACUGGGAUAAAGAACAGACCGCGCCCGUCGAUGCCGACCAAUCCUAGCGAGGAUCAUGGUCGAUUCUUACCACAAAGCAGCUAUCACCUCUCGAGGAUGUGGAGGCUGGGAGAAGAGAGGUGGAACUUUGGCCCCAAUCAGACAUGAACGGCAUGUAGUUUUACAUAUGCGCCUCUGCAACCAUAGCGGUGCAGUUGACGCUUUCUAGGCUUUUCAUCACCACGCCAUUUCAACUCAUCACUUGCAUCGUUCACAUUGACUUGCUCUCUGACACAAGUUCUGCAUACCUACAGCCGCGCUGGAACAGCAGAUUCCCCCACAAUCGCUUCAUUUUUCGCGCCAGACACAAGAAGCGCGGUUGGCACAUGGCAUGUGUCACACAUGUCACGACGUCUCUGAGCCCUUAGAAUCGACCGGGUCUGAUAUAAGAGUAAGACGCGGCCGAUAGUCAACCGGCCCUCAAGGAUCCCUCAAAGGCGGCAAACUUCGUCCUACUGCGCGCGCAGAUAAAACUCUGCUUUACCUAUCAUCUGGUGUAACACAUCGGACCCAUCCCCUCCAUUGGGCACCGUCCUCUUCAGCUUGGUUUCUUAUCGGCGGCCAAACUGGUAAAGCUGGUCCUGCCACUGAAGGUCAUCCACAACUCGGCCUUACAACUUACCGCCGGCUUCAUCAGCGAUGCGUGGUUUAACAUUGAUAACAACAGGCCUGAGCCUGCUCGGUCCAGCUGCUGCAAUUCUCGUUGCAGACAAUUCUCCCUGUGGAACAGUAUGUGGCAAUGUUCUCGAUGCGACUACAAACGAUGAUGUCGUCUGCCAGGAAGGCGAUUAUACCAGUGGCGCAGGCAUCGUAUUUCAACAGUGCCUGACGUGUGAGCAAAGCAGCGACUACACUACUAAGAACAAUCAAACAGACCAGCAAUACUACCUCUACAACUUGCGUUACGCAACCUCGUAUUGCCUCUUCGGAAUUCCUGACAAUAAGAACACAAUAGACACACCUUGUUUGACCUCAAAAGCCUGUGGGCCGUUCCGCGACGCUAUAAUAUACCGCAACUUAUCCUUAGACGUCGAAAGCUACGACUAUUGCGAUAAUUGGCCUAUUCACGACACGGCUGAUUUUAUUGGAUGCACCGAGUGCCUCCAAGCAGGCGACAACCAUUUCCUUGCCAAUUUUAUCACUGUUCUUCAAGCUGGGUGUGAACAGAAACCACAGCCUGGUACCUUGGUCUCUACAGAAGGAGGCAUAUUCUCUAGAGACGACGUCAAUGUCACAGAGCCAACGCCAGUUGCUUCUGUGAACCCAGACUGGCUCGACCAGGGUCCUAUUAGUCUCGGUGCCAAGGUGGGCAUCGCCGCUGGAGGUGUGGCCUUCAUCUUAUUUAUCCUUGGAUUUUGUAUCAUCUGGCGCGGUAGGAGACGAAGAAGGGCAUUCCUCAGCAUGCUGGAAACGAAACACAACAAUUCCUGGCCCACUCCACUAACUAUCCCUCGCGAAACUCGCGACACUCCUCUCAGCCAGAAGCCACUGAGAAGCUGGGACGAAUCGCCAGUCAGUGUUCGAUCCGAGCAUCUGUUUCCGCACCAUGUGUCACCAUACGCCUCGCAGUAUAACAGUCCCGUCAGCGCAACUGAACUCAAGCUCGCUCACUGGCCAGUCAUGGCUCCCAACCAGCAGAUGACUCCGGCGAUGAACAGCCAAUCACAAUUUCCCCAGAUGUUCCCUUCAAUGUAUCAACCAGAUCCAAGCAGCUCUCAGAUAGGGGUUGCUUUGGGUGGAGAUGACUCUUCUGUCAACUCAGUCAACUCAAAAGGCAAGGGCCUCCAAGGGGAAGAGUAUGAGAUGACACCCGUGGAAAACCCUCAUGCGGGCAUAGGAAUAUAUCAGACCGGCAUCAAUCCCUAUGGAGAGUCAAGUCGGACGACUGCUCCGCAGCCAGGUUACUUUCCAGAAGGGAUCACCCAUAUGAAUCAGUCAUACGGAUACCAUAACCCGUAUGGACAUCACGAAGAUAAUGGCCGAAUGGAUCGUGACCCGUAGGCUCGACUGUGCUACGAGCCUGAUAACAUAGUUGUCGCUCUGUUUUUUCCUCCUGUUAGCUUGGCGUUGAAGGUUGGGAUACCACUAUUGAUAUGUCACGAUUUGAACUGAAUGAAAUAUAUAUAUAGCUCCACUGUGAACUUGCACUUGCAGCAUGAUGCACGGGACAGUCUAGCUAGAGCCACCUAAUCUUGAAAGUUCCCACUGA